GAUAAAUUAAAUGUUAUUAAUUUACUAGUAAGUCAAAAAAUGAUUCGAACAGAGGAUCAAAUGCAACAAGUCAUUGCAUUAAAACAAGGCAAAGAUUAUUCAUUGCAUAAAGAAACUAAUA